CUCUCUGGUUUUCUCUUUUAUCCCACACCAUCAAAACCGCCGUUUUCAAGUGUCCUAUUACCUUCCCUUUUUUAUUAUAUUAUUAUUUUAUGGGGUUAGGGUUUCUAAUCGAAGGAAAUGUCGCAGAAAACCCAUUUCUGUCUCUAUAAAUUGCACGAAUUUUCUUUGGAGCGACUUUCCAGGUCAACUAAGGCUUGAUUCUUUUAUUUUUCCGAUUCAAAAUUCUCUGCUAAACCCACAACACAAGUCCACUUCUUGAACAAGUAGAAGCUAUGUACCAGGAAGGAGCCCCUGAGAUCGUUAUUGAUCAGGGAAUGUACUACCCUACAGCUACCAACUAUGGAUAUUAUUGUACAGGUUUUGAAUCACCCGUUGAAUGGGAGGACCACCAGAAUAUUUUUAGUGCAGAUGGUCCAGAUGUCCAAUUUGCGGGUGCCCAAACUGAACCUUUGCCUUAUGUAUAUUACACACCUAGCUAUGGAUAUGCACAGUCUCCAUACAACCCAUACAAUCCUUAUAUACCUGGUGCCGUGAUGGGUGAUGGCCCAUUUGUAGGAGCACAACAAUAUUACCCCUUUCCUCCUUAUCAGAACCCUGUAUCACCAACUGCUUAUGUUCCCGUUCUCAUUCAACCAGAUGGCAUUCCAAGUAGUUCAACAGACUCUUUUUUAGAUACUCAUGCUUCAAUUGGUACUAGACCUGAUGGAAGGGGCGUGAGAUAUAACCUUGCUUCGGCAUCUGCAGCCACUUCCAGAAAAUCUGCUCCAAAUCAGGCAGAUUCCUUGAGUAGGGUGACAGAUGGACAAAGUAAGCAUUAUGCAAUCCAGGAAAGCAUUUCUGCUAGUUCUGGUUCAGCUUCAGCACGUGCUCAUCAGGUUAGAGUUGCUUCUGGAUCCGUUCAGUCCAUUGGCAACAUUCCUGGUGGGAAACUCCCACCUUACCGUAAUCAACUAAAAACAGAUCUUCCUGUUGGUAAUGCCAUUUCUGACUAUGGUGCAAGUUCACCUGGACGUGGUGUGCUUGAUAGACUGCGACCCAAGAUCCAUGUUAGCAGAGUUUUCAAUGAUGCACAUGGAUCCCCGGAUUCAUGGGCUGAACAGAAUCGAGGCCCUAGAACCAACCGAUCAAAAAAUCAACUCAUGGUUAAAGCCUACACAAGUAAAGCAGGAAAUAGCGAUGCUGAAGGAAACAUUAUUAUCUAUACUGACCAAUAUAACAAGGAUGAUUUUCCAAUUGACUAUGUUGAUGCAAAGUUUUUUGUAAUAAAAUCGUAUAGUGAGGAUGAUGUACACAAGAGCAUUAAAUAUAAUGUCUGGUCUUCAACACCCCAUGGGAAUAGGAAACUGGACAGUGCUUUUGAAGAUGCACAGAAAAUAGCUGCAGGAAAACCUAGUGGCUGCCCCAUCUUCCUCUUCUUUUCUGUUAAUGCCAGUGGACAAUUUUGUGGCGUAGCAGAGAUGAUUGGUCCAGUUGACUUUCAGAAGGAUAUGGAUUUUUGGCAGCAAGAUAAGUGGAGCGGAAGCUUCCCUGUCAAGUGGCACAUCAUUAAAGAUGUUCCCAACAGCCAUUUUAGACACAUCAUAUUAGGCAACAAUGAAAACAAGCCAGUGACUAAUAGCAGGGAUACGCAAGAGAUAAUGUACAAGCAAGGUAUGGAGAUGCUGAAAGUAUUCAAAAAUCAUGCGAUGAAGACCUCUCUACUUGAUGACUUUAUGUACUAUGAAAAUCGUCAGAGAAUCAUGCAGGAAGAGAAAGCCAUGCAGCUAAUUAAAAGCAUUGAGAACCCAGUCCUAGCACCUGCAUUUGAUCCUGUCAAUAAGCUAAACCAUGUUGAGCUACUCCUGAAUGAACAUGAGAGAAGUACCAAGCAAAGUGAUCCUGAACUAUUGAGAACAAUUGUUCCUUCAUCUACUCAGCCUGUUUCUACAGAUUGUGAUAGGACUAAUGCUAGAAGGAUGAAUGAAAGUUCAGAGCAAAUUGCAGUUGAAGGUAAAGAUGAUGCAUCUACUUUAAAGAUUAGUUCACUCAGCAUAAAUCUGAAGCAGGAUGAGUCUAAAAUCUCUACAGAUGCUGCUACAAAAAGUGAUGCUGUUGAGGUGGUAAACAUAGGAUCAGUGACGGUAAAAGUCAAUAAAUUUACUGACUCACCUGGUUUUUUAACAGUAGGCACUAUUCCUCUUAAUCCCAAGACCCCACAGCUUGAUGAAGGGGGUGUGUCUUCUAAAAGGGGUACUUGAUCGUGCCGAGGCUUAUAAUUAACUGGGGCUUAUUUUUCGGCUGGAACAUACUUAAACCAGGUGUAGUUAUGGUGGCAAUCUUGACUAUUGUAAACCUGAGUGUAUCAUCGUUUUCAUUGUUACAGGCUGGUUAAUCUAUAAAUACUUGUUCAGGUCAGUUUUUGCUGUUUCUCAACCCUUUAAUUACUUAAGCUGGGUUUCGAAUCCAUCUACACUAAAAAAUAUAGUGAGAUCGUGUUUUAGAUUUUUGUUUGGGUGGAAGUGCUCUUGCCUUCUGUCUCGGAAUAAGUGGGAAUACAGUGUAAUCUUUUACAUUUUGCAUUUCGAUUAUUGAUACAAAGAAUUCCCUUUCCUUUUACAAAAGAUAA